GUUGCUUAGUUACAGUAAUUCCGGACUGCAGGAUUCUAAACCGCCUGCAGCUCAGCUCGAGUGCUGGAGUAAGUGACAGUUGGCUCAUCAAGAGCGAUAAUGGGCUCAGGAGGCGAUGGAAAGCUGAGGGGAAGGUGAGGCUUCUCUGAAGCCGUUAGGCUAUCUAAGAUGAAGAAAAUUUUUGGUUUUGGGGGUAGGAAGGGCGUGUCACCUUUGGGCUUUUCCAACAGCCCGGGGAGCAGCAGCAUGAGAGAUUGGCGUAAGAGUAGUAAUCGAGUUUCCUCGCCGCACGGGUACCACAUCCAAGACAAAGAUCUGGGGAAGAUCCACAAAGCUGCCACAGUGGGCAACGUAACAAAAGUGAAGCAGAUUCUAUUGCUCCGGAUAAAUAGCGUGGAUGACACAGACAAGAUGAACAGGACUGCUCUACAUUUGGCCUGUGCCAAUGGUCAUGCGGGAGUGGUCACUCUGCUAGCUGAUAGAAAAUGCCUAUUGAACCUCGGUGACAGUGAAAACAGGACAGCUCUGAUUAAGGCUGUACAGUGCCAGCAAGAGGAAUGUGUAACAAUUCUGCUAGACCGUGGUGCCGACCCCAAUAUAAUGGACAUCGAUGGCAACACUGCUCUCCACCACGCUGUCCUGGGUCAAAAUACAUCUAUAGUAGCAAAGCUGCUUGCACACAAGGCAAAUAUUGAAGCAAGAAACAAGGAUAACCUCACACCACUGUCGCUUGCUAUAAGUGAAACCAAAGAGAAAAUGGUGGAAUUUUUAGUAAACAGAGGUGCAAAAGUUGAUCAGUUGGAAAGCAAUCGUCAACUAACUUGUGACUACAAAGGAGAAAGGAGACCUAAAAUAUGUUCUGAAAGUAGCAAAAGUCUUGUGGAUAUAGAUCUACAGGAGUCUCCAAAACAAGUGUCAAGAAAAACAAAUUCAAUGACAGUGGUUGAGAAGUCUGAAGAAGACUCUUUAAGCAGGCUGUCCAGCAAACCUGACAUCGAUGAUUCAUGGCCUACAUCAGAAGAUGAAGACUUCAAUUUUGAUACCAAGAAUGUCAUGAAGCCAAGCUUGACAAAGCUAAUGACCGCUAUUCAACAAUCCCACGAAAACACAGAAGCAAAAUAUGCCAUUGUGGGACCAGAAAAUAGGACCUUAUGUGAAGACAAUACUUUUCAUAGUGAAAAUGAAGAUGUGAUUGGAACUUUUCCCAAGACAUCUGAAAAAGUCCUGGGCUUUUCUCAACCUGCCUUUUCAUCAUUUGAACCUCUUCUAAAAGCUUCUCACAUGUCUUUAGAACUCAUUGGUCUUCCAAAGGAAGAAGCAACAAAGCCAGCAAUUAAAAUAAAAGGAAAUAGUAUUGAUACUACUAAAAGUGCUCCACAAAACCAAACAAAUAAUAACAAUUUGACUUAUGUUGAUGGAGAAUAUAAAAACAGCAGUAGUGAUAAAAUGGUAACAUUAGGAUUAGGAGAAGAUGAAGAUAGAGAAUCACUUUGGGACUCUGAGGAGAGUUUCUCUGCAAGUCUUCCACAGAAGUAUGUCGAUUAUUUAUCUGAAGCUGUAGGUUCAGGUAAGAGAUCUGAAAUUACACUAAAUGGACAAGUAGAAUAUGUGUUUUAUGUACCUUCUUGCAUGAGUGGAUCAAGAAACUUUACGAUGGCUAAAGUAGAGGAUACAGGAAAUGGAGGCAUACCAGUAGCCCAUAUUGAUUCUCCUGGAAAAUAUUCUCACUUAAAGCCUACUGUUGAAGUGAAAGAUCCUGUUCCUGAAAAUGCAGCAGGAAUGAAUUUUGUACAAACAUCCAGAUCAGAAUUAGACUUAAAAGUGGCAUCAGAGGAAGAACAACAAAGGCUUAAUGGAAGUGAAAAUAACCACCCACAGGUUGAAGAAGAAAAAAAGAUGCACAACAGUAGUGAAGUGAAUGUAACAGAAAACAUGCAUAAUGCUGAUGCUGAUGACAGUGAUGGGUUAAUUCAACAAAGGAAGAGUGAACAAACUGACAAGCAGCCAUUCCCUGUUACAGGGAAUGAAUAUUCUGAUAGAUCUACAGAGAAAACAUCUUAUGAAGAGAAAACAUUUAGUGAAGAGAACAAGGUCAAAGAGAAAUUUAAUUCCAUGGAUGACCUUGAUGACUUAACUCAGUCAUCUGAAACAUUUUCAGAACACUGUGAAUUGCCUUACUCCAACUGUAAGAAUUUCAUGUUGCUAAUUGAACAACUUAGCAUGGAUUGUAAAGAUUCUGUUAGCUUACUGAAAAUCCAGGACGCACUUCUUUCCUAUGAAAGAUUAAUAGAACUUAAGAAAAAUCACUGUGAAAUGCUUACAAGAAAAAUUAAAAAAACGGAAAAUAGGAUUAGCGAACUACAAAAGGAGCUAUCAGAAACUAAAGAAAUGAAAUCACAGUUAGAGCAUCAAAAAGUGGAAUGGGAGCAAGAACUCUGCAACUUGAGGUUUACAUUAAAAGAAGAAAAAGAGAAGAGAAAAAAUAUGGAUGUGUUACAUGACAAAAUAAGAGAGCAGUUAAGAAAAAAAGAAGAGCAGUAUAUAAAAGUAGUUGAAAUGAACCAACAACUUGAAACCACUCUUAGAACACUCGAAAUGGAAUUGAAGAUUGUAAAAAAUAAUUUAAAUCAGGUUAUAGAAGAGCGAAAUGACAUUCAAAGGCAACUUUCUCAAGAACAGAAUGCCAGAACAUUGCAAGAUGGAAUUUUGAACAAUCACCUUUGCAAACAAAAGGAGAUACAGAUAGCUCAUGACAAAAUAAAUUCUGAGGUUUCUAAUAAUUAUGAAAAAGAAAAAAAUCUGUUGCAUGAAAACCAUAUGUUACAGGAUGAAAUUGCCACACUAAGACUGGAAAUAGAUACAGUAAAAAAUCAGAACCAGGAAAUGGAAAAAAAAUACUUUGAGGACAUUGCAGUUGUCAAAGAAAAUAAUGACCUUCUUCAAAAGACAAUAAAAGUGAAUGAGGAAACAUUUACAAAAACAGUAUCCCAAUGUAAUGGGCAGCUUCAUGUUCUGACAGCUGAGAAUACAAUACUAAAGUCUAAACUGGAAACUGAAAAACAAAACAAAGAAAUACUAGAAACAGAAAUUGAAUCAUACCAGUCGAGACUGGCUACUGCUGUACAGGAUCAUGAGCAAAGUGAGACAUCAAAAAGAGACCUGCAACGUGAUUUCCAGAGAGCAAGAGAUGAAUGGUUUCGUUUACGGGACAAAAUGAAUUGUGAUAUGUCUGACCUGGAAGAUAGAAAUGAGAUGCUUUCUCAACAACUUUCUAAAGCUGAAAGUAAACUCAAUAGCCUAGAAAUUGAGCUUCAUCACACAAGAGAUGCUCUCAGAGAAAGGACUUUGGUUUUAGAAGGUGUACAGAGAGAUCUAAGCCAAACACAGUGUCAAAAGAAGGAAAUUGAACACAUGUAUCAAAAGGAACAGGGUAAAGUGAAUAAAUACAUUGGAAAACAGGGCUCCUUAGAGGAGAGGCUAUCUCAACUACAGAGUGAAAAUGUGUUGCUUCGACAGCAGCUAGAUGAUGCUCACAAUAAAGCUGACAGUAAAGAUAAGACAGUAAUUAACAUUCAAGAUCAGUUUCAGGAUAUCAUAAAAAUAUUUCAAGCUGAAAGUGAAAAACAAGCUCUUAUGCUUAAUGAAAGAAAUAAGGAGUUAAUCAAUGAAUGCAAUCAUUUAAAAGAAAGAAUGAAUCAGUAUGAAAAUGAUAAAGCAGAAAGAGACGCAAUGGUGAGACAACUUCAACAAGAACUGGCUGACACCCUAAAAAAACAAUCUAUGUCAGAGGCUUCACUGGAGGUUACAUCACGUUAUCGUAUGGAUUUAGAAGAAGAAACACAGGAUUUAAAGAAGAAAUUAGAUCAAAUCAAAAGUCAAUUACAAGAAGCAGAGGAUCGAUGUGCAGCGGCCGAAAGAUAUGCUGAGGAGACACAAGAUCACACGCAAAAGUUUGAAAUUGAAAAUGCCAACUUAAAAGCUACAAUCAAAGAGCAAUCACUGAAAAUUGAACAGCUUCAGACAGUCCUGGUAGGUGAAAAUUUGUCUCAGGAUGAAAGGGAACAGUUAAAGAAAUAUAUUGAAUUAAAACAAUCUCUGGAAUAUAACUUGGAUCAAGAAAUGAAGAAAAAUAGUGAAUUAGAAAAAGAGAUAACCGGAUUUAAGAAACUCUUAAAAAUUACAAGAAGGAAGCUAAGUGAAUAUGAAAAUGGAGAGCUUAGUUUCCCUGGAGAUUUAAAACCAAAUCAAACUGAAGUGGAUAUUCAGAUUAAUAUGUUAAAACAUAAGAAUGAUGAUCUUACAGCAAAACUGGAAGCUGUGUCUUCAAAAUGUCAACAUCUGGAUGAAAAAAAUAAAUGUCUUCAACAGGAGUUACUAUCUAUGAAAGCAUUACAAAAGAAAUGUGAAAAACUAAAGAAUGAAAAGAAGAAGUGGAAACAAGAAGGAAUAAACCUCAAAACACAUAUGGAAAUGAAUAUGGUAGAAUUCCGUGAAUUAGAACAGUAUAAACGGAAAAUUGAAGAAAGAGCAAGACAGGAUAUAGAAGAAAAAUUAGAAGAAGUCAAUCUAUUUUUACAGACACAAGCAGCAUCUCAAGAAAACCUAGAGCAGUUAAGAGAGAAUCACAACGCUGCAAUGAGAAAUCAGCUGGAACUUAGAAUUAAAGAUCUGGAGUCUGAACUCACCAAAAUAAAAAUUUCUCAAAAUUCUAAAGAAAUAAAUUUGGAAAAAUAUAAGCAACUCUAUCUGGAAGAAAUAGAAAGUAGAAAGUCAUUAGCAAAUAUACUAAACAAGACUAACGAGAGGCUAGCAGAGCUCAACACUGAACUUCUCCUGCAGAAACAGCAGAACAGAUCUUUACUCAGCACUCUUCAUCCAAAGCCAGGCCUGGAGAUGCCUUGUGUUGGAAAUCUUAACAGUAGUUUGGUGCUCUAUGGAAGCUUUACUCCAAGGGAAAACUUGGUGGUUCCUACCUCAAGGCCACAGACUUCAAGUAAGAACAUGGAGACUUACUUGAUCAAGAUGCAGCAGGAGUUUGAAAAAACUCUAACUAGAGAACUAAAAGAAGAUGCUGCUGAAUUUGAAGCUGAAACCUAUAGAGCUUGUCCUGUAGCAUCAACUGAUCAAGCAAAUUCAUGUCAGGAUCUCCUUUUGAAAACAUCACGAGAAUAUGCACAGAUUUUGCAGAAAAAUUAUAUGAUCUGAAAUAUAAAUAGUACUUUAUGUACUUGACUAUUUACAUAAUAUUUUAGUUAUUUUCCACUAAACCCCUUGAUAUGUGAAAUCUUUAUUAUAGAAAAAUAUUUUGGGAUCA